AUGAUAAAAGAUCGAGAUACGCCGCCCGUUUUCACCGCGACGCCAACUUCAAUCAUCGCCGACAUCAGUCGUCUCAUCGAGACAUCCCGGAUCGCCCAAGAAGCCAUUGCAGACCCCGUCACCCCGUCCACCGCAAGCUACGACAACGUCCUCCUCGCGCUUUCACACGCUGAGAAUGCAUUGGCCUCUGAAUCCACCCUUCUCGUGUUUUACAAGGCCGUGUCUCCGUCCCCUGAUAUCCGUGCUGCCUCUGCCAAAGCCCGCAACAUGUUGCGCGACUUUGCCAUCGAAUGUUCCAUGAACGAAUGCAUAUUCUGUCUCGUGGAUGCCGUUCAGAAACACAAAGAAUUUGUCAAGAACGGCCUUCGUAUCCCGGCCGGGCCCCAGCGAGACUGCUUCAAAGAGGUGAAAGGCAGAAUCGAGGACCUGACGUCAGAGUUUAGCAAGAACGUGGCCGAGGCCGAUCAUGCCGUGUGGUUCACACUUGACGAACUCGAUGAGUAUCCACAACACCUGCUCGCCCAUCUCGAAAAGGGGCAAACGGGCAGAGUCGCACGCAACCCCGAGACGCGGAAGAGAGCCCUGGCGGCCUUUGAGAACCGCUGCCCAGAGAACGUCGCCGUCUUCCGCCAAGUCAUGGCCCUUCGCCACGAAGCGGCGCGGCUCCUGGGAUACGCCAACCACGCCGCCUUCAGUGUCGAGGACAGGAUGGCCGGAUCGCCCCAGCGCGUCAACACUUUCCUCUCGUCUUUGAGGUCGAAGCUGACCCAGGCCGGCAAGGCGGAGCGUGAAGCUCUUCUCGAGGUCAAGCGACGCGACGCCGAAGCCCGAGGUGAGGCUUUUGAUGGGCGGUUAUACGUCUGGGAUGUGCAAUACGACAUACGUCUCCUCUCGCAGGAGAGAUACUCAGUUGACCAAGAAAAGAUCGCAGAGUACUUUCCUCUGCAGCCGACAGUCGAAGGAAUGUUGCGCAUCUUCCAACACCUAUUCGGGAUGGUGUUCCAUGAGAUCCAGGGUGGGGAGAGAGAUACUCUAUCGCCCACGGGCAAAGGAGACUCCGAAUAUCCCGACAGAGACGACUUGGUCUGGCAUGAAGACGUCCAGACCUUUGCCGUAUGGGACGUCGAGGGCGAGGGUGCUUUGCCCCCUGCCUCCGCCAACCCGCCAUCGCUGCUGCGCCACUCCGACGUCGUGAUGCUCUUCCACGAGCUGGGCCACGGCAUCCACGAACUCGUCUCUCGGACGCAGCUCGCGCGGUUUCACGGGCCAAUGGGCACCGCCGUCGACUUUGGCGAGGCGCCGAGCCAGAUGCUGGAGAACUGGUGCUGGGAUCCGGAGCAGUUGAGCGGACUGAGCCGGCAUUAUUCUUAUCUCUCGGAGGCGUGCCUUCAAGACUGGCAGGCCCUGGAAGGGAACAGUCACGCGCAGCAACCGCCGGAGAGGAUUCCUAGGGAUGUGGCUGAGGGUCUCCUGAGAAGCAAGCAUGUCGGCGGGGCGCUGAGCGCAUUGAUACAGCUAUCCAUCGGUAUUUUCGACAUGGCCGUCCAUCAGCCGUCCAGCCAGGAUGCGGUUGAAUCCACAGACUUUACAAAGUUCUGGAACGAGCUCCGGAGGGAGAUGGUCCCAACAGAUGACCCAUCCGCUCUCGGUGAGGGUGGCGAGUGGGGACACGGAUACACCAACUGGGAUUUCCUCAUGGACGAAUACGAUGCUGGAUUCUACGGCUACCUUUUCUCGACAGCCUACGCGCAGGACAUCUUCAGCACAGUCUUCAAGAAGAAUCCCAUGAGCGAGGAGGCAGGCCGAAGGUACCGGUACGGCGUGCUCGAGAAGGGAGGAAGGCUGCCCCAGAUGAAGACGCUGGCGAACUUUUUGGGGCCGGAUGUUCUUAUGGAGCCGUUCUACGAGGACUUGGGUUUGGCUGCUUAG